AGCAUAGAGAGAAGGCGGUUUGGUAAAGACGGGAAACUUAUGAAUUAUUUUUUAUACACUCUGUAGUUUGCAUAAUUUGAGAGGCAAUCGUGGCUACCUAGUUCGGUAUUAUUCAGUUCAUAAGUAUACAAUUGGUUUAAAAUGGACACUGAUAGUCCUGAGGAGAUGAUGCCUGCGCCUCGUGUCUACGUGGAGAGAACUUUGGCUUUAAUCAAACCAGACGCCGUCCAUAAAGCUGAUGAAAUUGAGGACAUUAUUCUUCAAUCUGGAUUCACAAUUUUGCAGAAAAGAAAGCUUCAACUGAGUCCUGAGCAAUGCAGUGACUUUUAUGCUGAGCAUUAUGGGAAGCUGUGUUUUCCCCAUCUGACUGCCUUCAUGAGCUCUGGAUCAAUUGUUGCUCUCGCACUGGCCAGACACCAGGCUAUUGCCACCUGGAAAGCUAUAAUGGGACCGGCCAACAGCAUAAAAGCUAAAGAGACAGAUCCUGACUGUCUUAGAGCGAGAUUUGGCACAUGUGACCUGCGAAAUGCUGUGCAUGGUAGUGACUCCUUUUCUGCUGCUGAGAGGGAAAUCAGGUUCAUGUUUCCCAACUCGGUAAUCGAACCCAUUCCUAUUGGUGAUGCUGCUAAAGAUUACCUAAACCGAUAUGUCAACCCCACACUUCUUACUGGACUGACUGAACUGUGCAAGAGGAAACCUGCCGAUCCUUUUACCUGGCUUGCUGACUGGUUAAUGGAAAAUAAUCCCAAUAAGCCCAAAGUAUCUGUUGGAGUAGAAAUAAAAGAAACAGCAUGAAUUACCAAAAA